AGUGGAGAGAACCCCUCUGACUCGGAGUUUCCAUUGAUUCAGUCAGGGGAAAGUUUGGGCAUCACCAGUAGGUGGAGCUGUCCAGCACAGGGACUGAAGUGCAAACAAGACGACGACAAUCAACAAUCGUCAGUCAGAAUCACAAUGGCUACAGAGCAGCAAAAACGGGUCACACCUGUUCUCAAAAUGGGUCAAGGCGCGAGCAGUGGAGGAGUUCCAGUGACGUCAACAUCGGGAAAGUACACGGGUCCGAGCUCGGCGAUCACCGAGCUCCUGGCAGGCUGGAACGAUUUCCAGCUGCUGCAGCUGACGGAUUUCUACCGGGACAGGCUGGAGCAGGCGAUGGAAGGAGGGGUGCACGGAGUGAGCCUGGCGUUAACGGCCGAGAAUCAGUUCAGUGGAGAGGAACAUCGGAAAAUCUCUGAUCUCGCUGAUAAGGGAGAGCGGGCGGACAGUUCUAAACUCCUCCUGAGCCUGGUGAUGGAGAAAGGCUCCCUCGCCCGACGGGUGAUGUGGGAAACCUUUGUGAAAAUGCGGAUUUGUGUCCCAAAGUUGGACAAAAUACUGAAAGAAAUACAGGAACAUGGUUGUGAUCCCUCCCAUCGAUCAAAUCCCGCUCAGGCUUUGCUGACGGUUCUCAGUGAGCUGAAAGAUGUUCAACAGAAACACAAGGAGACUCUGCGGGCACAAACUGAAGCACUGAGAGUCAACACGAUCCUGAUGAGGGAGAAGGUGAAGGUUUUCCAGCUGGUUGAUCGAUACGCUGAGCUCACGGUCAUUUCUACUGUUCGACAUCGGAGACUGGUGGAACAUGAGCUGCUGGCAAGAGGCAGAGACCACGAGGAGUGGAGAGAAAAUCAGCUCUGCGGAGAGCUGGAAAAAAUCCGGACUGAUCAGUUAUUCCAGAGCAGUUUUUCCCGGAGUAAAUCCAAAUCUUUGAGUUCGGCAGCAGUGGCCGGAGUCCCGGGAAUUGGAAAAACAACAAUGGUACAAAAGCUUGUUUAUGACUGGGCCACGGGGAAAAUAUACCAACAAUUCCAGUUUGUCUUCAGUUUCAAAUUCCGCGAUUUAAACUCAUUUAACUGCAGAAUAAACCUGAGGGAACUGAUUCUGGAUCAGUAUCCUUACUUUGAUAAUAUCCUGAGAGAGGUCUGGAAGAACCCAAAGGGAUUGCUGUUUAUAUUCGAUGGUUUGGAUGAAUUCAAACACAGGAUCGAUUUUGCUGACCGUCGGAGAGAUGCAAAACCCAAGCACCAGUGCCCAGAUCCCGAGUGGUGGUGUGAAGUGUCUGACAUUGUGUACAGUUUAAUCCAGGGCAAGCUGCUCCCAGGGUGUUCAGUGCUGGUGACCACCCGUCCCACUGCGUUACAUUUAUUGGAAAAGGCAGAGGUCAGUAUCUGGGCUGAAAUCCUGGGAUUUGAUGGUGAGGAACGGAAGAAAUAUUUCAUCAGACAUUUUGAAGAUCAGACGGUGGCAGCAGCUGUUUUCAAACAUGUGAAGGAGAACGAGAUCCUGUACACCAUGAGCUACAACCCCUCCUACUGCUGGAUCCUCGCUCUGGCACUGGGCCCCUUCUUCACACAAAGAGUCAGCGACCCGCAGCGAGUUCCCAAGACCAUCACCCAACUGUACUCCUACUAUAUUUACAACAUCCUGAAAAACCACAGCCGUGAGAUUGAGAAGCCCCGUGCUGUGUUACUCGGGGUUGGUCAGAUGGCCUUCAGCGGAGUGUCCGAGAGGAAGAUUGUGUUUACAGAUGGAGAUUUGAUCAACUACAAUCUGCAGCCUUCCCAGUUCCUGUCCGGGUUCCUGAUGGAGCUUUUAGAGAGAGAGGAUUCUGCCCGGUGUGUGGUGUACACAUUCCCACACCUCACCAUCCAAGAGUUUGUAGCUGCAGUUGCACAAUUCCUGAAUCCACAUGCCAUCGAUAUCCUGAAUUUCCUCACUGAAGCCCACACCAUGAGAGAUGGGCGAUUUGAGGUUUUUCUCCGUUUUGUUGCUGGUCUCUCCAACCCAAUGACAGCUCGGGGCCUGGAGGAGUUUCUGGGUUCUUUUUCUCAUCAAACAACCUGCCGGGUGAUUGACUGGGUGAAGGAGGAGGUUAAACGCCGGAGUGGAAACACAGAGAGUGAAGCUGGUAAAAGGAACCUCCUGAACACAUUGCACUACCUGUUUGAGUCUCAGAAUCGUGGACUGGCUCAGGCCGCACUGGGAUCUGUGGAAACACUUUCACUCAGUGGAAUGACACUGACCCCGAUUGACUGCGCGGUCCUGUCUCAUGUCAUCGGACUCUGUGAUACUAUAAAACACCUCGACCUAGAGAACUGCCACAUUCAGUGUGAAGGAAUCCAGCGGCUGGGACCCGGGCUGCACAAAUGCCAGGAGUUGAGACUGGUUGAUAAUGAACUGGGAGAUUCAGGAGUGAAACUGGUGUCUGCGGCUCUGAGGAACCCGGAGUGUAAAAUACAGAAACUGUGGCUGGGGGAUGUCGGUCUCACAGAUUCUGGUGCCGAGGAUCUCGCCUCCGCUCUCACUGCCAAACCAUCACUCUCGGAGCUGGAUCUGAGUGGUAAUAAACUGGGAGAUUCAGGAGUGAAACUGGUGUCUGUAGCUCUGAGAAACCCGGAGUGUAAAUUACAGAAACUGUGGCUGGAGAAUGUCGGUCUCACAGAUUCUGGUGCCGAAGAUCUCGUCUCCGCUCUCAGUACAAACCCAUCACUGACGGAGCUGAAGCUGGAAUUAAACUCGCUGACAGACCGAUCUGUCCCCGCUCUCCGCCGCCUCAUACUGACCCUCCCGAGUCUGGAGCUGAUCAAGCUGUUGGCGAAUGAUUUCAGUAGGACCGGGAGGAAGGAACUGAGAUCUCUGCAGGAACCCAGACCCGGACUGACAGUGGAUCUGUGAACAUCUGAAUAUGUGAACAUCCCCGCCCGCCGGUUGGGGACAUUUUGGCCGAUUCUCCGCCCUCCCCUUUAACUCCCGACCUUACCUUUAAUGGUCGCGCUCGGGGUUUAGUUUCCAACGCUUCUUACAGAACUGGCUCCAGUCUCGCGCCUUGUGACGUUCGGAGCAUUCCCGCAGUGACGUAUUUCCGUCUGCUGUCCAGCGGCGCUGCUUCAGCCUUGAGACCCCGGGUAAUUACACAGACAGGAGGAAACCGGUGGGGCCGGGGCUCAGUCUGGGACACCGAUGUCCCGGGGUGAUAUUUUCCCCGGAGAGAAUCAUUUUGGUCCAUUUGCUGAGGACGGUGCAUUUGGCAGUCUGUUAAAUUGACAAAUAACUCGGCAGUGACCCUGGAUCUGCAGCGAUCUCGGACACGGCCCUGAAGUGUGGUUUUAGAAUCAUCGAUGCAGAGUGACGGAGAGAAACGGGACUGAUUAUUCAAACCGUCGCUGGUUGUCGUCGGUCGGUCAGUUAAUUGUGUGUGACUGUGAGUGAGUCGGGAGCUGCUUAUUUAUUCCCGCACGUCAGCAGCUCACACGUUGUUUAAUUUACAUUUGUCAUGAUGAAAUCAAUAAA